UGGCGGGACCGGGUGCGCGCGGCGGCGCGGCGCUUCCGGAAGGAUCCCGGGAGCGGGGCCCGGGUGGGCACGAUGUCGGGGCUGCUGCACACCACGCUGAGCGGGCUCAACAGCGACUCCUACUGCGAGAUCAGCCAGUACCGCGACCAGCACUUCCGGGGCAGCAGGCAGCUGCAGGAGAAAUCGCUGAAAAUCUCCUCCACGCUGUACGUGGGCAACCUGUCCUUCUACACCACCGAGGAGCAGAUCCAGGAGCUCUUCUCCAAGUGCGGGGACGUCAAGAGGAUCGUCAUGGGGCUGGACAAGAUCAAGAAAACCCCCUGCGGCUUCUGCUUUGUCGAAUAUUACACAAGAGCAGAUGCUGAACAUGCAAUGCGGUUUAUCAAUGGCACACGAUUAGAUGACCGCAUCAUUCGAACUGAUUGGGAUGCAGGGUUUAAGGAGGGACGGCAGUAUGGAAGAGGAAAGACUGGAGGACAGGUGCGAGAUGAGUACCGGACAGACUACGAUGUGGGAAGAGGUGGCUUUGGCAAGAUCAUUCAAAUGCAGAAGGCAAAUCAUCAGCCUGCGAUCUAUUAAUUGCCUUGUGGGUCCUAGCUCAUAGAGGGUUCUGUCCUUCCAGAGCUAGCCCUGUUGUCUCAUUUUGGAUUGGGGUAGGGAGAGAGAUCCAAGUUCCAGCAAAAGGUGACCCUCCUUAGACUGUGGAUACACAUGUACUCAUUCCCCCUUCCUUCUGGGCUAGAGAGGAUGUUCUGUGCAACAAGGGAAAAAAAAUGGACAGCUCUGCAGGAUUCUAGGUAAGAAGAAAUACAGCAUGUCACACACACCUUGUGCUAUGACACUCUUCACGUCGCAGCUAAGCAGGUGGUUUCCUCCAAGCUGCAGCUGCAGCCAUGGUUGCUUUCAAAUGGGACUUCUUCAAAGCUUACCACCAUCGGAGCCUCCAGGUGCCUGGGCACCUUGUGGGGAUGCACAGGAGAUUCAAGUUUCUCAUUUACAACCUCAUCUGCUUACAAAGGAAUAUCACUGUUUGCAUGACAGAAGUGGAACAAGGUGUUAUCCACUUGGAGGUGCUUGUCUGUACAUCUAGCCUUUGCGUUGGCCAGAGCCUGCAGAGCAUUUCUUUUUAUGAUGCCCCCAGUGCUGCCUGGCUUUUCAGAACCUCGCUGUUCAGUGUGAUUUUGUUAAAAGUUUCUUGUAAUUUUUUAAAUAAACAGUUGUAUUGGGUCUGGCUGAGAUGGAAUUAAUUCCCCCCCCAGUUAAUUCCCCCCAUCUUCUGGGGCAGAAGCUCUGCUGGCUGAAGCCCUGCUUCCCAGGAAGUGGCCAGACUUCACCUGCUGAUAAGAAAUAGAGAAUAU